AUGGCUGCCGGCAGCCCUUCUCCAGAUGGCAUGCCAUCUUCCCCUCAUAUGGCUAAUACGGGUUCAACCCCCAAGCCAACUGCAUUGUUCAACCGCCUCAAUGCGGUCCUAUCCACCUCAUACACAGACCCAGAUAUUCGGGAUUCGCUGGAAACCCUAGACAAGAGGGGCUUGCAAAACACGGCGGAAACGCGGAGGACGUUGAGACUGGAUAUUCAAAAAGAAGUCAUAGACUCCAAUGGCAGUAUUAUACAGGAUUUCGGGAAGGUCGCCGAGCAACUAUCCCGAAUUGGAGCAGCAAUAUCCCAUCUUAAUACAAUAUGCGAGGAUAUGCGUCAACAUAUUACAUCUGCACGUCAGGAAACCGAACCAGUCCUUGAAGAGGCCGCCGCUCUCCUGUCACAGAAGCAAGAGGUUGAGACGAAGCAGCACUUGCUUGACGCCUUCAAUAAACACUUUGUACUUUCAAGCGACGAUAUUUCUAUUUUAACCUCCACCGCUGAACCGGUUGAUGACCGCUUUUUCCAAAUUCUUUCCCGCCAAAAACGGAUACACAAAGACUGUGAAGUGUUACUUGGUGGUGAGAAUCAACGACUGGGACUAGAGAUCAUGGAACAAAGCUCAAAAAAUCUUAACUCGGCGUUUAUGAAGCUUUACAAAUGGAUACAAAAAGAAUUCAAGUCUUCAAAUCUCGAAGACCCCCAAAUGGGCAGCUCGAUAAGAAAAGGCCUUCGGGUAUUGGCAGAACGGCCUACCUUAUUUCAUAGCUGUUUGGAUUUCUUCGCCGAAGCCCGGGAAUAUAUUCUAUCGGAUUCUUUCCACUAUGCCUUGACCGCAGCAGUUUCAGGCGAUCGACUUGAUGCGAAUGCUAAACCCAUAGAGUUCUCUGCUCAUGAUCCCCUUCGCUAUGUCGGGGACAUGCUUGCCUGGGUUCAUUCUGCGACAGUCUCAGAGAGGGAAGCUUUAGAGGCACUUUUUAUAUCCGAUGGGGGUGAGCUAGUAAAGGGUAUUGAAGCUGGCAUAAGCAGUGAGCCGUGGUCCCGUAUCAACGAUGAGCAAUCUGUCUUUGAUGGAGAGAAGGCGCUAAAAGAACUUGUGACUCGUGAUAUGAGCGGCGUGGCUCGCUCAUUAAAGCAACGGGUGGAGUUGGCCGUGCAAGGACAUGACGAGUUGGUUACUCUCUAUAAGAUUAUGAACCUUUUGGCUUUCUACGAAUCCACAUUCUCCAAGCUUGUUGGUCACGACUCAGCUUUAGUGGAAGCCAUUACCUCCCUGCAAGAUUUUGUCUUUAAACGCCUGGAGGCAGUGAUCCAUGAUCAAAUUGCCACGAUCACUGGUGAUCCGUCCGGCUUGAUUCCUCCGGAUGACUUGAGUGCUCCAGAAUUCCUUACUGAUGCCAUCGACAACCUUGUUCCGCUUAUGAAGGCGUACGAUUCUUCAUUUCGACACGAUAUUACCGAUGAUACAUCGCAGAACGAGAACAAAUUCAGCCCAAUCAUUCGAGCUACUCUGGAUCCCUUCCUGGAUCUCGCGGAAAAAUCAUCCACUGCACUUUCCAAUUUCACUUCGAGAACAAUAUACCAAACCAACUCCAUUCUUGUCAUUCGCGAUGCCAUAUCUCCCUUUCCAUUUGCGUGCGCCACGCAUCUACCUCGAUUAUCAUCAACCUUAACGUCUCUCAAAACCAACCUUCUCGACAUUCAACACGAUUUCCUCCUUAGGGAAACCGGCCUACAAACCCUUACCGCAGCCCUUGAGCCAUUCAUGCCAAAGAGCACCUCUGAAUCAUCCACGGGUAACGGACUAUCACGCAACCUCGCUGAUAUUGCAUCUCUGCCAGAAUUUCAACCCGAAUCCUUGUCUACAAUCAGCCAACAGCUGGACGAUUUCCUUCCUUCGGCACUCGUCGAUGCGACGGAUAACUUGAAACGUAUCCACAGUCCCGGCUUGGUGAAAAAUGCUACUGAGGAAGCCGUUGAAGCAUUUUGCUGUGAUUUUGAGUUGGUGGAAAGCAUGAUUGUGGGCGCGGAUGAGGCGAGAGAGAAAAUGAGCGUUGCGGGAACGGUUAGCAGCUCAGCGGCAGGGAAGGAAAUGGAUGAGAUUGCUGCUCUAGGUGAGACUAGUGGCCAGGUUGGCGCCUGGAGUUUGCGCGUUCUGUUCCCAAGGACGACGGGGGAAAUCAGGGUGCUGUUGAGUUGA